AUGGAAGACAAUGGCGAGUUGACAGGGCACCAAAUCCCCCUUCCAGCCGAGAUCAUGAUUGAGAUUCUUUCAAGGCUAACAGUGAAGUCCUUAUGCCGCUUCAGGUGCGUAUCAAAGCCCUGGCGUUCUCUAAUCUCCAACAAAAAGUUCAUUGCAAUGCACACCAGGAAAGCCCUCGAGGAUAAAGAGGUAUUCUUAGGGAGACGAAGAGUCAUAUUUAACGGGCCAUCACGUUGCCCUUACUCUUUACACCUAGAUGAGUUUCCCAACCAUGCAGAUAAUCAUGAUGGUUUAGUAACAGCCACCGUGCUUGAUUUUGUUUACGAUGAAUAUUCUGCAGGACGUCAUUCUUGGGUUCCCUUCAUCUACUCCUGCAAUAACUUGUUGUUGUGCGACACGAUGUGUGGGUUUUAUUUGGUUAACCCUGCUACCAGGGAGAUGAAAAAAGUACCAAAGACACCGUCAUGGAGACCUAUGAGGCUCUUUUGCAUGAGCUUAUGUGGAUUUGGAUUUGAUUACGCCACCAAUGAGUAUAAGGUGGUUAACGGGCAGGCCUAUCCUGAUAUCGAUGAAAUCGUAUUUAGUGUCUAUACAUUGAAAACUGGUUCUUGGCGACAGAUACAGUGCCCCUCUUCCUACCACGCUGAUUCUUUUUAUGGGAUUUUUCUGAAUGGAGCUAUUCAUUGGUCGGCAGACACAGUUGGAGAUCGAUCCUCUUCGGUGAUUGUAUCUUUUCUAUUAGCAGAGGAGGAGGUUUGCGAAAUUCAACUCCCACCCAUCGAUGGUGGUUGUUCAACAAAUCUGGGAGUGUUUAGAGACUGCCUGUGUGUAACGCUCAUCGGCAAUUAUAAUCAAACAUUUAAUGAGUUUUGGGUCAUGAAAGAAUAUAGGGUGAGCGAGUCUUGGACUAGAAUGAGGGUCUCCAUGCCAUAUCAGCAAUUGUUACAAUUUGGUUUCUCUACAAAAUCUCAUGAUCUGAUGGUGUGUGAUAGUUCAUUUGUUAUGUACGACUUUAGAAAAGAAAGUUGUAGGAACCUUCCGAUUCGUGAUAUACCUAAAGUUGGAUAUUGUACUGGGAUUUAUGUUGAGGGACUUUGUAUUGGGAUUUAUGUUGAGGGACUUUUUCCACUUAUGGAUCAAGAGCAGGACGAGAGAUGUAAAGAAGAUGAAUCGAGUAUUAAUUAG